UAGCUCCAUACAGAUUUUCGUUGCAAACUAGCUAGAGAGAUAUCAAGCCAUGGGAGACAUGCAGCAGCAGCACCUUCAACAGGGGCAGCUGGAUCUGCCUCCUGGCUUUAGGUUCCACCCAACAGAUGAAGAAUUGAUCGUCUUCUAUCUGAAUCCCAAGGUGUCCAACAGGAGCUUCUGCACGAGGGCGAUCGGAGAGGUUGACAUGAACAAAAGCGAGCCGUGGGAGCUCCCGGCGAAGGCAAAGAUGACGGCCGGGGACGACAUGAAGGAGUGGUACUUCUACUGCCACCGGGACCGCAAGUACCCCACGGGCCACCGGACAAACCGUGCCACCCAGGCCGGGUACUGGAAAGCCACAGGUAAGGACAAGGAGAUAUUCAGGCCACAGUCCGUCCUCAUCGGCAUGAAGAAGACCCUCGUGUUCUACAAGGGUAGGGCUCCUCGUGGCGAGAAGACCAACUGGGUUAUGCACGAGUACCGGAUGGAAAGCAACAACAACAACAACGAGAACAAGGUGCUCUCCUUCCUGCCCACUGCCAAGGUCACUAAUUCAUCUUCUCUCAAGGAUGAGUGGGUGGUCUGCCGGAUCUUCCACAAGACCACUGGGAUCAAGAAGCUGGUGAUGCCGUCCUACCCCAUGGCUCCCGUAGCCAUGGGAGAUCAGCAGCAGGGCCUCGGCUCUAGCACUGCAGCCUGCAUCCAGACACAGCUGCCUCCUCCCAUGGCCAUGGGCAUGGACCCUUCCACCUUGUAUGGAACCACAGCCGGGGCCUCGUCGUCGUACCAGCUGCCUCCUCCCAUGCCCAUGGGCAAUGUUGCAGAGCUCCCGGCACUUCCCAUGAACGGCCUCUACUUUGGGGCUCAGCUGCAAGCGCCGCCACCGCCGGCGCCCUUGUCCUUCUACCAGCAGCACAUGCAGCUGCAGAUGGGCCAUGCAGGAGACCAGGGCUUCAUUGCUAGUGGGCCGUCGUCGAUGGUGUCGCAGUCCCAGGACGAUAUUGCCGGGGUCAGCAACGCCACUGCCACCGAGAUCUCGUCCAUGGACAUGGGCGGCAUUGCCAUUGAUGGCAUGGGCAUGUGGAAGUUUCAGAAGUACUGAAGAAUAUCGGCUUGCAUUGCAUACAUGGUAUUCAGAUAUAUAUGCAAUAAGGCAGUUAUAUUGAGCUGCAUCGUCGUGGACUCGUGGUAAUUAUAGUUUGUGAGUGAUUGUGAGAGUGUCUUGUGAGAGUGGUCUUGUGUGGUUACUACAUGUUUG